AAGCUCCCGUCAGGAUAACCAAAGUUAUUCUCAAUAUGCUUCUCACAGCACAUGCUGAACAACUUUUUAAUGCUUUUGAGAUGCUUCAAUACGACGAAUGAUACUGACAUGCAUUGUAAAUUUGUAUAAACCUUCAUUAAGUACUUUUAGCAUGGCGAAGAGCUAGCUGGCUAACGAGGCUCGAGAUGGUUUGGGGAAUGACAGUUGUUCAUUUGAAUUUGACAAAUUAAAUGGAUUUGUCAUGAUAAACAUCAGAUACAGGAAAGCCAGGGCUAUAUUGAUACUGCAGAGGUUUAUUAACGUUUGAGUCUGAGUGGCCUUUGCCUCCUGGUUUAACGUUACCGGUAACUGAGCUGCUCAGAGAAGCAGUGCAACGGUAGGAAGGUCUCAGCCUUUUAAGGCAGCAUGUGUGAGGUGCCGAUGCAUUUAGCCACCCGGCAUUUCACACAAACUAAUUUGUAGGUUCAAUUCCACUCGAUUACGCAUUCAAUUACGCUUAUUUUCAUACUUCUCUAUCUUGUGUUUCAGCUCAUCUGGGUCAACCAGUUUAUUUAAAGUCCUCCUCAAUAAAAAUGACAGCAACCUGACCCAUGGACCACAGCGGAGUCUGCUCAACCAGAGGAUUAUUUGUGGAGUUAGAUCAUGAAUGACAAACUGGUCUUCCUGGGCUUGCUGUACUUCGUCCAGGGCAUUCCCUAUGGUCUCCAGUCCUCUCUGCUUCCUGUCUACCUGCGUGGAGCUGGCCAUUCUCUCACCCGCAUUGGUUUCACUAAGAUCCUGUACUUUCCCUGGGUACUCAAAGUCCUCUGGGCUCCUUUGGUGGACCGAUUUGGUACUAAGCGUCGCUGGCUGGUGGGGACAGUGACGGGGCUCGCUCUGACAUGCCUCACCAGUGCUGCCUUGGCCCCGGAGGCACAUAUGUGGGGAGUAGCCGGAACUCUGUUGGCAAUGAACAGCCUGGCCUCCGUUCAGGAUAUUGCUGUAGAUGGGGCUGCAGUCGGAUUAUUGAAAGGACGAGGGGAGCUGGGGCUUGGUAACACUGCCCAGGUUGUAGGCUACAAGGCAGGGUCUGUCUUUGCUGGAGGUGGGCUUCUGGCUGUGAUCGAUGUCGCUGGAUGGAGCUGGAUGUUUGUGCUGCUGAUGUUUGUGUAUGCAGGCGUGGCUCUGUUUGUGUGGGGGGCCCCCGUGCUGGAUGAUGAAAGUUUAAAGGGACAACAGGCAGAUGGCAGCAGGAGGGGAGGACAGGCGACCGAUGCUGUUCGGCCAUGGAGGCUGUGGAGGAAGUUACUGGCAGUACCUGGCACACCGUGGACUGUCCUCUAUGUGCUCACAUACAAACUGGGUGAGCAGGGGGCAGUAACCAUGUUUCCUCUUUUCCUGUUGGAUCAUCACAUGACCGCCAGAGAGCUUGGCUUCUGGAACGGUGUUAUUGCCAUGGGAUUUUCCAUCUGUGGCUCAUCUUUAGGAGGCCUGUUGCUCGCACAGUUCAGUAUCGGGGCUCUGAUGCGACGCGUGUUUGUGUUGCGAACCAUCAGCAUGGUCUUCCAGAGUUCACUGCUCACUGUGCUGGAACCAUCACCGCUCAUGAAAGGUAUGGCAGUACUGAGCAUGAGUGUGCAGCACUUCCUGGGUGGUCUCAUCACCACGCUAACCUUCACUACAAUGAUGCACUGCACUCAGAGGGCGGAGGAAAGCAUUCAGGCCACCCACUACAGUUUCCUGGCGACUCUUGAGGUGCUGGGGAAGUUGAUGUUCAGCGCCCUAGCUGGAGGUGUGGUGGACUGGUUUGGUUUCCAGGUUGCCUUCCUCUUCUUCCUCACUCUCUCUGCUGGAACAGCUUUGCAUGUGUGGACAGCCACUUUCACUGGAGCUCUCAGAGAGCACCAGCUCAAAGAACAGCCCAAAUGAGAUCAGGCUUUAAAAGUCCUGGUUCAGGGAUCAUCUAUCUGAAAAAAUAAGCAAUGAAAUUUAGAGCUUGAUAACAAGUAUUUAGAUGCAACAAAUGCUCUGUUAAAUGUAACAUAAUUUCACUAAUCCUUUUCAGUAUAGACAUUCUUGAAUAAGUAUUAGCCAUUUUUUAAGGAGAAAUCAGCCAUGUCUUCAAGCACUUUGUUACAGACUGCUCUUUGUUUUCUGAUUUUUUUUGCCAUUUCAUGGGCAGAAUUGGCCUUACAUUUAUUUUAUUGUGCAUUUGAAAAAUCCAGAAAAGUCUUAAAAUGUAUAGUUGGGUUGAGGCACCUAACAGACUUGUUAGGUAUGCAUUAGCAUGUGGAGUUAUAGCUGCACUGAGGGUUCUAGACAAGGCAGAAUUGGUGCAGCCAAUUAAUGGGGUUUUAUUGCAUUUGGCAGUGACGGAUAUUCAUAUUCUUAGAGGUUAGCCAAGCAAUGACUUAAAGGGAAAAAUAAUCAAACGUGCUUCUGUCAUCUGAGCCAUUUCGCUGUAGUGAGCCACCAAAAAGAGCUGUAGCCACAUGCAAUAUUGCUACUUUGCUCUUUCAUAUUACCCCGUAUGUCAGUGUGUCAGUCAUUUUUUCCUUUGUUUUAUCUCUGCUACCUCAAUCAGCACUGUGUUUACGAUACAGAUGCACCGAAUGAACAGCAGCCAUGUAGGGUACGCACUUAAGACUUGGUAUGAACAUGUUAUACAAGUUAAAACAUUAAGUCAAAAUAGAUUUGAAGUUGCGAGGGCUUUCUUUUUGAGAAAAUAAAACUAAAAUCUAUUUCACCUCUUCAAUGUCAGUAUUUAUUCUUCAUCAGUAACCAUUAUUUGCAGCGUAAAACCCUUUGCUGUGUGUAACUGUAAACGCAUUAACUCAUAUAUCUGUAGUAAACCUUAGCCUUAUGCAUUGCAUGGUGCCAUCUUGUCUCAGUUUUUGUACUCAAACUCAGUUUUCAAGAAGACUUGAAAGAGCAUCCUGGGAAAUUACACUUCCUAGUUACUUUUUAUAACUUUUAUUUUUUAUUUUCAAAAUAGUCAAAUGCACAAUAAUAGUAAGACUGCUAUACUGUAACUCUCAAUAAAUAAACCAUAGUUUUCUCCGACAGCAGUAAAAAUCUUCAUGUAGAUGAAUGUACAGAAAAAACAACUCUUAAAAAGUCUUAAGUUAGUUUAUUGUACUGGAGGAACCAGCAUUAAUGGUGGGUUAGUGCUUAACUAAAAAAAGUAAUCCUAAUAAAUUAACAAACUACAUGCAUUGAGUCAUUUUUAUAAAAAUAGUUAUACCAUGGUUGGUUUAUUCAAGUAGCCAGCUCCUCUGUCACGAUCUGACUUAAUAAGCACUUGUUGGAAAGCACAUCUCCUGUCUUUGUUGCCAGAGAUUUGCCUAAAAAUAAAUCUGCUGAAUAAAUAUUGAA